AGAAAUGAUUCCCUGGACACUUGUUGCACUUGCGGCGGCUCUCAGUGCUGCCCUGCUGCUGGCGCAGCCCUCUUGCGCCAGUCCCCUGGAGGACGACAACGAGGACAGACCCCACAUUAACUACCCAGCGCUCUUCAAGGCGUUCUUCGACGUGGGCGAGGCCAUCUUUGGUACCUGGGCCCCCGAGCGCUUUAAGGAGCAGCUGAACAUGCAACGAGACUCGUAUUAUAGAUAGGCGAGACGCCUCUAUCGGGUUUCCCUUUCUUUCUGUAUCGUACAGAUGUUGCAUAAGUGUCGCAUGCUGCAUCAAUAAAUACAACCAUAAACAGAAAGAGAAGGUGUGGGGGCUAGAGACAAGAUUUUAAUUUAUGCACAUCUCCCUUUUGGCCAAAUCACCCAUCAUUACCACCACAUUUGCUAUUGGCUCACACCCUCGUAA